AUGACACUUUCUAAAAUAGGUUCACCCAGAAAAUCCCUCUGUUUGCUCCGUGUUUCUCUGUUUUCAGUCACUCUCUUUGGUGGGUCUCUUACUUCCUUUACAAUAGCUGCAGAUUUCACCAACUUAGUCUUCAAGGGCAGUGCAGACCAGAAAUUUCAAGACGCAUCAGGAGUUUACUUACAGAACCUCAUGUCAACACUGGUUUCACAGUCAUCACUGAAACCAUUCUCCAAGGCAAGCUCCGGCGAGGACACGAAUGCGAUAAUGGGGCUUUACCAAUACAGGGGAGACCUUACAACGACCCCGUGUUAUACCUGCGUCAGUAAGAUCCCAGAAAUGAUUGAUAAGCUUUGUGGAAAAGCUGUUGAUGCUUGGAUUCAGCUGAGCAGUUGUUAUCUGAGGUACGAGAUCGUUGGGUUCAAACAGGUGCCGGCGACUGAGUUUCUGUACAGGGUUUGUGGGUCAUCGCAGGCGAGUGAAGCCGAGCUCGAGAGCAGGAGAGACGCCGCUUUCAACACGGCAGAGAAUGGUGUAAAAAGUGGUGGCGGGGGCAACUUGUUUUACACCGGACAAUAUGUAUCGUUUUACGUUUUGGGGCAGUGUGAGGGUGAUUUGGGAACGAGUGAUUGUGGGGAUUGUGGGAAAAGUGCUUUUGAGGCUGCAAAAGAGGACUGUGGUGACUCGGUUUCGGGGCAGGUUUAUCUGCACCAGUGCUACAUUAGCUAUAGCUACUAUUUUGAUGAAGCUCAUGUUGCGGAAUACGGGACAAGGACAGGUACGAUGAGGCAAAGUACUCAGAGGACGGUGGCAAUCGUUUUCGGAGGAGUGGCUGCUUUGGGGUUCGUUAUCGUUUGCCUCAUGUUUCUAAAAUCAAUGUUUAAGAAACGAAGAAGCAAGCUUUCAGGGUAUUGA